GCGCCGGCCGAGGAACUGCCGGUGGAGUCGCAAGGUCUGACCACACGGCCUGCCCCAGUAGCCACAGCCGCCGCCAUGAAGGCCGUGGUGCAGCGCGUCACCCGGGCUAGCGUCACAGUUGGAGGAGAGCAGAUAAGUGCCAUUGGACGGGGCAUCUGUGUGCUGCUGGGUAUUUCCGUGGAAGAUUCCCAGAAGGAACUGGAGCACAUGGUUCGAAAGAUUUUAAAUCUGCGUGUGUUUGAGGACGAGAGUGGGAAACACUGGUCCAAGAGCGUGAUGGACAAACAGUACGAGGUACUAUGUGUCAGCCAGUUCACCCUCCAGUGUGUCCUCAAGGGGAACAAGCCCGACUUCCACCUGGCGAUGCCCACAGAGCAGGCGGAGAGCUUCUACAACAGCUUCCUGGAACAGCUGCGCAAGAGCUACAGGCCGGAGCUGGUCAGAGAUGGCAAGUUUGGUGCCUACAUGCAGGUGCACAUUCAGAACGAUGGGCCAGUGACUAUAGAACUGGAGUCUCCUGCUCCUGGAGCUGCUAACUCUGACCCAAAGCAGUGGCCUGGAAAACGCUCAUGGACUGGGGCUGCUGUGUCUCCAUCAGAGUCACUGUGGGCAGUGACAGCCUUCAUUGAGCACUCAAACCAUACAGCAGUGGGGGAACAAGAUGGCUGGGCUGGAUUAUUUAGGUCACACAUGAAGCUGUUCUCCUUCGUCAGUGCUCCCCUGAGUCUCCUAACCCCAUCCCACACAUGCAGUGAUGAAAAUCUGCCUGAGUAUGGCGCCUUCUUGCCACAACUGCAGUGCAUUAGGGAAAAUCCAGUAGAGACAACAACCUAA